AAAACUCGGCCAAAAAGGCUCCCAUUCGUGUCUAAAAUUAUACGUCUACAUAAUAACCCUAGCUAUGCUUUCCCUUACCUAUUUAUUGAUUGCCAACAGAUUUUCCAAUUCAGAGCGCCUGAUAAAGUAGUUGGUGGGGGGCUUUGUUGAUUGGCAUCACUUGAAACUCGACGUGUUAGCAUCAAACAUUUUUCGACAGUCACGACUUCAUCGCGUGCUUGACAUUUCUUAGAGCCUUCUUACUCAAGGACAUGGUCGGUACAGUGGUAAUUAGCCAGGACAUAAAUGUUCCAGUUGACGAGGUCCCACGGCGGCGGCAUCUUCUACCUGUAUCGGUAAUUUCCCCGGCAGGUAAGGUCGGUAAAAAUGCUUUGUGUGAAGGAUUAGGGAAAAAAGGACCUUCGGGAUUCCAAGGAAAUGUCACCUUAAUUGCAAAAGAAGGUAGCAAAAUGGCUGAUCUAAGCGAGGCUAUAAAAGAAACGAUCGUGUCUUGGCCAGGAUCAGUUUUUAUUUCAAAUUCAAGCAAAGAUGAUGUUCCUGAAAGAGUGCAGAUCCUUUUUGCUGCUAGUCCUGGUGCUCACGAUUCGGGGAUCGCUUUGCGUGCCAGCCCUGGAUGCAGCACCUCCGGCGGCCACUCCAAACACCGUCGACGAGUCAGAUAACCUGGUCGAGGGAAGUGGCGAGACGGUUACUGCCCCCCAGAAUGCAGUGCCCACAAAAAACAAUGAAACAGUGCCCGCAUCUACAGAGAAUUCGGAGGCACCAGUGCCUGACAAUGUGGCCAGCGGAAGCAGCAUUGAUCCCAGCACCAUUUACUCAAUUACUCCCGAGGCCUUCCAGCAGUAUGUGAACCAGUACGGGGCCUAUGCUCCCUACUCGUAUCCCACUCCCGCUGGAGGAGCAGCACCUGGCAUUUAUCCAUAUCCCGGUCCCAUUGUCGUGCAGACGGGCUACGAGGGCUUCCUGAUGCCGGCAAAUGCCGUUGGUCAGUCGGACAGCACCACUGUGGUGGCAGCUACUCCCCAGUCGACCUCCUCGAACCCACUGGUGGCCUUCAUCUCCAACCUGCUUCCCACCAUCCUGAUGUCCACACUCUUUCGCAUCGCUGCCGUUGUCCUGUCCGCCGUGGGAAUCAUCCUCUUUGGCGGCGCCAUCACAAGUGCCCUGUGCAGGAUCACACCGAUCUGCGAUAUACCCGCCCGAGCUGUGAAUAUCCUGCGCACCGGCGGAGCCCAGGAUGUGGGUCGCAUGCUGGCCGAGGAGAUGACCCCGGAGCGGGUGCGUCGGGCAACGGAAUUCGUGCGCAACGCCAUCCGGAAGUACAAACAGCUGCAGAAGAUAGUGGAUGCCUCGGAGGUGGUGACCGAGUUGACCAACGGAUAUUAGUUUUAGUGCUGGCUCGUAAAUUAGGUGGAAUGCUAAAUAUAUUUUUUAAUGACGCUA